GUCCAUAAAAAAAGGGUGCUAUUAGUAUAAAUUUUUUCGGCUUGGUGCUAUUUUUGUAAAAAAAAAUUAAAAGGUGCUAUUUCUGGAAAAAUCCCACGAGUUGGGUUUGGUUUGAGUUUUUCAAACCGAGUAAGUUUUACCCCGAAUUUUUUUAACGGAUAAACCCAUGGAUUUGGGUUUGACAAUACUCAACCCAACCCCACCCCACCCAUUGCCAUCCCUAUUGCUCAUAACACACUUUUGACAAUGACACCAUAAUAUUGGCCCUGGUAACUUGAGUCUUGGGCUUAGGCCAGUCAUACACACCACUACGAUUAAAAAUCAAAUAUCGUGGGUGUGGGCUCAUUGGGCUACUUGGGGCCCAACUAACUGCUUUUAAAUUGUUGAUGCCGACAUGAACAUUUGUACAUGCGUCAGUCGGUUUGAAAUUAUAAGCGAACAAACCGCCGCCUCUACCUGACCUACUAAUUGCCCGAAGCCACACCCAGCCCUCAACGCGUCAGAAUUCAAUCUGAGAGCGGCGCUUCCGAUUCGCCGGCGAUGGCCAAGUAUCUGGAUCCCGAUCUCGAAUCCGGAUCCGAAUCCGAAUCCGAAGAAGAAGGCUUGAGCGACAUCGACGACGAUGAGAUCGCCGAUUGCCUGAACGACAAGAGGCUAGCGGAACUGAAGGCGAAGGCUUGGAACCUGAUGCAUUGUCAAUACACGAACAGAAAGCGAGACCUGGAAACCCUGCCGGCCGAUGCCAGGAAGAAGGCCAAGACCGGUCCUUCCGCUGCUACUGCUGCUGCUGCUGCUGCUGCCCGGAAGGAAAAUGAGAAGAAGGGGAAACCCACGCCGCCGUUGAGUUCGAAGAUCGAUUACGAAGCCCUGAAGAAAUUUGCGGAUGAGGAAGCAGCUGGUGGAGAGGAUAAGAAUGAAGAAGAGCGCGAGGAAGCGGAGAAGGUGGGAUUUGGAGAAGAUGGCGAGGAUGAUGAAGAAGAAGAAUGUGGUGAGGACAACUGCGGAGAUGGUUAUGGUAAUGAUUAUCAAAAAGAAGAUGAGCAAGACUACGAUGGCGACGGCUAUUCCGAGAAAGAAGAUGAUGACGACUAUGAACUCUACUGAUCCUCAGUCAGAUCCCUAAAUUUUGUUCCUUUUUGCCCCCCAACAAUUUUGGAUGUUUCUGAUUCACAUUAAUGCAUUUGGUAAUUUAUAUUGAAGAAGACAUGGCCUCAUGCAUCUCUGAUUGUAGCUUCAUUUGAUCUGAAAGAAGCAGAGCUGAAACAUCAAAAUGUUGAACAACUACUUAACCCAGAAGACGAAUGUUUCGCAACAUCGUAACACGAGAAGCAGUACCGAUUAAGCAUCUCUCAGCAUUCGUAAUUUCGACAAGUCAGGAAUGGGAGCUCUUUCCCCGAGCUGAUAAUUAGUUACAUACAUGAGUUCCUGGAGGUUCAGGGUAAGGAGAGAACAACACACAAUCGAGAAGGAAGAAGCAAUUGCAGAUGGACAAAACCACCGAAGCGAGUCUGUAAAUUGAAUUCAGAUGCUGGAAACAAUGGCAAAGUGGAGAUUGGAAUGGGAUGUAUUGUAAGAGACUGCAAUGGUAAUGUGAUUCCUUGCAGCAAGCAGAACUGUCAAGGUUAAAUAACCCGCUGAUUUGGCUGAAGGAAUAUGGCUAUGCUGUUUGGUUUACAGAAACUGAAGGAAUUGGGCAUGAAAAAUACACAGGUGGAAUCCGACUGUAUGAAGCUGAUUAAUAUUUUGGAGGAGGAAUGCAGAACUGAGUUAGAUAAUUUGUGCAUGAGCAUUUUGGAUGUGGGUAAUGAUGCUAAUGUCACUGAAUGAAGGUUCACUUUUUUUGGCUCACCUGUUUCUGAUUCUGAGGAUGGAAUUUGGAUUGGUUGUCAUCCUACUCAGAUAGACCUUGUAGCCUACGAGGUGUCUUUUUUAUUUCAAUAAAAUCACACAAGUUUUUCUCAAAAUUUUUUUUUGAAAAAGGUACGGUUCAGAGAAAGGAUAGUCUGGUCUGUCCCGAUGUCGCCGUCCUGCAGUGGCCUUAAUAACUCGACAUCAAACAUGAACAAAACUUGAUAAAUCCAGAACAAGAAUAUUUCACAUUAAUGUCAUACAGAAGAGGCAGGCAUAAAGCAAGCAUUUUCAACGGCGUUGAAAAAUGUACAACCCAGAAAAGUGCAGUCGGCCCUGAUGUCAUGGCCUAGUGGAUGACCGACGACCCAUAAUGUUUUGGAAGCAUAAAGUUAUGUUCUGUUA